AUGAAUGCGAGCAGUCAGCUAGCCGCUGGGAGCGCGCUUGACUCAUCGGCACUUCAGCAGCUGAGCACAAUCAAAGAAGAUCUCAAGACUCAUUUUGUUACCCGUGAAGGUGUUUACAGACAAAUGACACUCUCCGAAUAUUCACGGCCCAAUCGUGUUUCACUUAACCAGGGAGGGAAUAACGUGGGCACUGUGCCUGUUCGGGUGUCGUUUCUCAGUCUUCGAGCGACGGCAUCCGGCUCCCGGCAGGCUGUCGAUAAUGUCUUGGUAAAUGGUGACAUUCCGCCACUGCACAGGGCAGCAGCAGGCACUGAUUCUGAAGUAAAUCGCAGCGAUGUGUAUUCGUCGGCUUAUUCGGAUCCUGAUUUUUGCGCCAGCACUGAUCGCAUAUGUUUCAAUGUCGGCCGUGAACUAUAUGUAUUCGUUUAUCGGUUAGCGCUUUUUGAGUACGGCGUUCAGAGUGCCGUUGAUCUGAAUAAGCCGAUUGACAAAAGGGUAUACAAGGGCACUUAUCCAACGUCGCACGACUUCAAUCAGGAAACCGCGACUAAUUCCUCAUGC